AUGCACAGCAUCGCACCAUUGACUUGCUACAUUCCCAAACUCUUCUUCGGCAUCUUCAAUGAGAGGUCCAUUGUCGAGAUCCGGCUGCUACGAGAUUAUUCGAAGUUCGGUUCCACCAGAAGACCAACUGUCGAUUGGCUUUAUUGGAACAUUCAUGCUGACGCUGUUUCCUUUGAUUCCGGCGACAAAGGGUUAACCUUUCGUCCUCCAUGCGACGAACAUCAUCAGAGCAAGGAGGGUAUCAUCGUCACGACCGAAUUCAAACUUACGAGUCAAGAACCGACCUUCCAAUCUCUUCAUGCAACACUUUCACUCGACAUGGAAGUCAGCUCAGCAAUGGUGUUGGUGGGACAUGCCGACCGAUUGGACAAAGAUUUGUGGAAUACCAAAAUGGCUGCAAAUGAGGUCGGAAGCGACCAAACAGGCAGGACAGAGAAUGCACAUGCGAUGGAAUGUUCUCAAACCAGAAGAUUUGCUGAUUAUGAGUGGAAGUACGUAUGCCUGAUUGAGCGAUUGAAGGAGAGAGAGCGGGUGUCGAGUCGCCAUGGAACAGAAGACGUCUCAACUGGUCCGCUCGGUGAGGCUGCCAACUUCCCUCGGAACCGUUGCGGAAUCACUGCUCGUCCCUCUCUUCGUCCCAGCCUCUCUAUCUCUCCCUCCCUCAAGCCCACUUCAUAUGGCCCACUUCACACUUAUUCACACAAUUGUGUGCUCUCGUUUCCUCCAAAGUGGGCCACGAGUGUGCUGCUACGAGUGGGUUCAGUGAAGCCGUCAUUCGCUCGUCUCAAAUCUGGCUGCCGUCCUCGCCAUUUCAAACAGCUGAUUCCCACGUCCAUUCACACGCACAUGCACAUGCACAUGCAAAUGCCUGGCCAGGCUUCAAACCCACGACUCGGCUAUCCGCGCCCACAUUGCUCGCUGGUGUCAUUUCAUCCCCAUCCCGACCCUCCUCGCCGUCUCUCCCAACCAUCUUUGCUCACAGUCGUUGCGGUUUAUGCUGCCGACUGCGGAGCACUCUAUUUUGUUGACCUCUUGUUGUUGUUGUUGUUGUUGUUGUUGUGUCGGCAAGUUGGUGCAGGAUUGUAUCAAUCUUCCAUUUCCGUACAAUUGGCCGUAGCCUCGGAGACAAUUGGCAGGAGACUUCUUGUGGACAUCCGUUGCCAAGACGUCCCAUCUCCUCGUGCCACAACUCGCAAUCAGUCAGUCGUAGGCUUCCCACGACCAACCACAUUCCGUAAUAUUCCCAUCUUCAUUCCAAAAGUGGAGCCAGAUUGGAAGGUACGAGUAAUUGCAGAAUGCGACUACUUUCGGAAAGGUGGUUUCAGCGAGUCGAGGGAAUCUGCAGCCAAAAUGGACGCACAACGUGAAACUGACAAUCAGAUUUCAUUUCGAGUGAACGGUUAA